AUGUAUAUGAUGGGUAAACGUGUUAAUUAUGCUGGUCGAUCGGUAAUAUCACCUGAUCCAUUUAUUGGAAUUUAUCAAGUUGGAAUACCUGAAAUAUUUCCAAAAAAAUUAACUUAUCCACAAUUAGUUACACGAGAUAAUGUUGAUGAAUUACGUCAAUUAAUUCUUAAUGGAUCAGAUGUUCAUCCUGGAGGAAAUUUUGUUGAACUUGAAGAUGAAACAAUUCGUCGUUUAUUACCAAAUAAUUUAUCUAAACGAACAGCUUGUUAUCGACAUCUUCGAACCGGUGAUUAUGUUCUUGUUAAUCGUCAACCAAGAUUACAUCGACCAAGUAUACAAGCUCAUAUGGUUAAUUUUUUAUUACGUUAUGCUCAAUGUAAAUCAUAUAAUGCUGAUUUUGAUGGUGAUGAAAUGAAUAUUCAUUUACCACAAAAUCAAUUAACACGAACUGAAGCUGCUGAAUUAAUGAUAACUUAUCAAGAUUUUCUUGUAAGUAAAGAUGGAACACCAUUAACUGGUUUUAUUCAAGAUCAUGUUGUUGCUGGUACAACAUUAACAAUGCGUGAUGGAUUUUUUGAAAAAUCUGAUUAUCAACAACUUGUAUAUAAUGCAAUUGGAUCAGAUUCUCGUCGAAAAAUUCAUUUAUUACCACCAUGUAUUUGGAAAGCAAAACAAUUAUGGACUGGAAAACAAGGAUUUUUUUUUAAUCAAGCUUCAUUUUAUCUCGAUAGUAAAUCAAAAUUUUCAAUGAAAUCAUGCCCAUCAAAAUCAAAUGCAACAAAUAUUGAUUUAAUGGCUAAUACAGAUGUUAUUAUUCGUCAUGGACAUCUUCUAUCUGGUUUAAUUGAUAAAGCACAUUGUGGUUCAACACUUGCAUCUCUUCUUCAUUCUUAUUAUCAAUUAUAUGGAAAACGUUGUACUGCUGAUCUUGUUACUGCUUUUUCGAAAUAA